AUGUCAAGUAAACAGAUAGCAGGGCUAAGAGACAACUUCAGUCUCUUGGGUUCUAAAAACAAAAUUUUAGUAGCUAACAGAGGUGAAAUCCCUAUUAGAAUUUUCAGAUCAGCUCAUGAAUUGUCAAUGAGAACUGUGGCUAUCUAUUCUCAUGAAGAUAGGCUAUCAACUCAUAGAUUGAAGGCAGAUGAAGCUUACGUCAUUGGUGAAAAGAAUCAAUUUACUCCGGUUGGUGCCUAUUUAGCCAUUGAUGAAAUUAUCAAUAUUGCCAAGAAACAUGACGUUGAUUUCAUUCAUCCUGGUUAUGGUUUCUUAUCUGAAAAUUCAGAAUUUGCUGAUAAGGUCAAUAAAGCUGGCAUCACCUGGAUUGGCCCACCAGCAGAAAUUAUUGAAUCCGUGGGUGAUAAAGUUAGCGCAAGGCAUUUAGCUGCAAGAGCUAAUGUCCCAACCGUGCCUGGUACCCCCGGUCCGAUCGAAACCGUUGAAGAAGCUGAGGAAUUCGUUGCCGAGUACGGUUAUCCCGUCAUCAUUAAGGCUGCUUUCGGUGGUGGUGGUAGAGGUAUGAGAGUCGUUAGAGAAGGUGACGAUUUGGCUGAUGCCUUCCAUAGAGCAACUUCUGAAGCUAAGACAGCCUUCGGUAAUGGUACUUGUUUCGUCGAAAGAUUCUUAGAUAAACCAAAACACAUUGAAGUCCAAUUAUUAGCUGACAAUUAUGGUAAUGUGGUCCAUCUUUUCGAAAGAGACUGUUCAGUUCAAAGAAGACAUCAAAAAGUUGUAGAAGUCGCUCCAGCAAAGACAUUACCAAUAGAAAUAAGAAACUCAAUCUUAACUGAUGCUGUUAAAUUAGCUAAAGAAGCCGGAUAUAAGAAUGCAGGUACUGCAGAAUUCUUAGUGGACAAUCAAAAUAGACACUACUUCAUCGAAAUUAAUCCAAGAAUUCAAGUUGAGCAUACCAUAACUGAAGAAAUUACAGGUAUCGAUAUCGUUUCUGCUCAAAUUCAAAUCGCUGCAGGUGCAUCUUUGACAGAUUUGGGAUUGAUGCAGGAUAGAAUCAUUACAAGAGGUUUUGCCAUACAAUGUCGUAUCACCACAGAAGAUCCAUCCAAAAAUUUCCAACCAGAUACUGGUAGAAUCGACGUUUACAGAUCUGCUGGUGGUAAUGGUGUCAGGCUAGAUGGUGGUAAUGCAUAUGCAGGUGCGAUUAUAUCCCCACAUUACGAUUCUAUGUUGGUGAAAUGUUCAUGUUCUGGUUCAACAUACGAAAUUGUUCGUCGUAAAAUGAUUAGAGCAUUGAUUGAAUUCAGAAUUAGAGGUGUUAAAACGAACAUUCCAUUCUUGUUAACACUUUUAACGCAUCCUACUUUUACUAAAGGUGACUACUGGACCACUUUUAUUGAUGAUACUCCUCAAUUGUUCCAAAUGGUCGCUUCAAAAAACAGAGCUCAAAAAUUAUUACACUAUUUGGCAGAUCUCGCGGUAAAUGGCUCCUCUAUCAAGGGACAAAGUGGUUUACCAAAAUUAGCCAAGAUUCCUGAUGUUCCACGUUUACAUGACGAUCAGGGCGAAGUUAUAGAUGUUAUCAACACACCAGCCCCAAGCGGAUGGAGAAAAGUUCUUUUGGAUCAUGGUCCAGAAGAGUUUGUGAAACAAGUUAGGAACUUCAACGGUACAUUAUUAAUGGAUACUACAUGGAGAGAUGCCCAUCAAUCUUUACUAGCCACAAGAGUGAGAACAUACGAUUUAGCUCAAAUUGCUCCAACUACAUCUUAUGCUCUUUCCAAUGCGUUUGCCUUAGAAUGUUGGGGUGGUGCUACUUUUGAUGUUGCUAUGAGAUUCUUACAUGAAGAUCCAUGGGAAAGAUUGAGAAAACUAAGGAAAUUAGUACCAAAUAUCCCAUUCCAAAUGUUAUUACGUGGUGCUAAUGGUGUUGCUUAUUCGUCACUUCCAGAUAAUGCGAUUGAUCAUUUUGUAAAAGAAGCUAAAGAAAAUGGUGUUGAUAUUUUCAGAGUUUUUGAUGCUCUAAACGAUUUAGAACAAUUAAAGGUUGGUGUUGAUGCUGUCAAGAAGGCCGGUGGUGUUGUUGAAGCUACUGUCUGUUAUUCGGGUGAUAUGUUACAACCUGGUAAGAAAUAUAACCUAGAUUAUUACCUAGCAGUUGUUGAUGAAAUCGUUAAAAUGGGUACACACAUCUUAGGUAUCAAAGACAUGGCUGGCACAAUGAAACCCGCUGCUGCCAAAAUAUUGAUUGGUUCCUUAAGGGAGAAGUAUCCAGAUUUACCCAUUCACGUCCAUACUCAUGACUCUGCCGGUACUGCAGUUGCUUCCAUGGCUGAAUGUGCGAUAGCGGGUGCGGAUGUAGUUGAUGUUGCCACUAACUCAAUGUCUGGUCUAACCUCUCAGCCUUCUAUCAAUGCCCUUUUGGCUUCAUUGGACGGACUUGUCGAUACUGGUAUAAAUGAAAGAUACGUUCGUGAAUUAGACGCAUAUUGGGCUGAAAUGAGAUUAUUAUACUCAUGUUUUGGCACUGAUUUGAAGGGCCCUGAUCCAGAAGUUUAUCAACAUGAAAUUCCAGGUGGUCAGUUAACUAACUUACUCUUCCAAGCUCAACAACUAGGCCUUGGUGAACAAUGGAUAGAAACCAAGAGAGCUUAUACUGAAGCAAAUCUUCUCUUAGGAGAUAUCGUUAAAGUCACACCUACAUCAAAGGUUGUUGGUGAUUUGGCACAGUUCAUGGUGACAAACAAGUUAACUUCAGAAGAUGUUAAACGUCUUGCCUCUUCAUUAGAUUUCCCAGAUUCCGUUAUGGACUUCUUUGAAGGUUUAAUGGGUCAACCAUAUGGUGGGUUCCCAGAGCCACUAAGAUCAGAUAUACUGAAGAACAAAAGAAGAAAGUUAAAUGGUCGUCCUGGUUUAGAGUUACAGCCAUUUGAUUUAGAAGAAAUUAGAAACAACUUGACUGAAAGAUUCGGCGAUGUUGACGAAUGUGAUGUUGCAUCGUAUAAUAUGUAUCCAAAGGUCUAUGAAGAUUUUCAAAAGGUCAGAGAAGAAUAUGGUGACUUAUCGGUUUUACCAACAAAAAACUUUUUAGCUCCACCUGUUGUUGAUGAAGAAAUUGAAGUUAGUAUUGAACAAGGUAAAAUUUUGAUUAUGAAACUACUGGCAAUUGGUGAUUUACAUAAGGAAACAGGCAUCAAAGAAGUUUACUUUGAAUUGAAUGGUGAAUUAAGAAAGAUCCGUGUCCACGACAGAUCACAGAAGAUUGCAUCGGUCGCAAAGCCAAAGGCUGAUACACAUAAUCCAUUACAAAUUGGUGCACCUAUGGCCGGUGUUGUUGUUGAAGUCAAAGUGCACAAGGGUUCAUUAGUCAAGAAGGGAGAACCUAUUGCUGUUUUAAGUGCAAUGAAGAUGGAAAUGGUUAUUUCUUCACCAUCAGAUGGUCAAGUUAAAGAAGUCUUGACGAAAGAAAGUGAAAAUGUGGAGGCCUCUGAUUUAUUAGUCGUCCUAGAGGAACCAAUCUAA